AUGCAGAUGAAUGUGCAACAAACUCAAGGUAGUCAAGAACAUGAAGGAUCAUCAGAUAAUCCACUUGAAACUCAACAGGAUCCUCUGUACAUCACCUUAUUUGAGAAAACUAAAAAGCAUAAAGACAAGGGAUUUGAACCUAAUGUUGAAAAAGACUAUGAAGCGCUUAGAAACCUUCAUGAAAAAGAAGUGAAAGAGCAUGGUGAAGAUACACUAAGUGUCAAAGCAGCAUACAUGGAGGUUUUCAAACCAAAGUCUGGAUAUGUCAAGGGACUUGGUCCUGGAGCUCGUCCACCUAAGAAAAGAAGAGUUGAAGGAGAAACUAAUGAAGUUAGAGUGAAAUUAUCGGCUGAGAUUCAACAAUUAAAAGAGGAUGUCGCAACACGUGAGGGUGUACUUGUAUCUCAGAUUGAAUCCCUGAAGGAAUAUAAUGAAGAGCUUAGAACCUCAAAUGAAGAGCUUAUAGCAUCAAAUGAUGAGCUUAAAGCGACCGUAUCUAGAAUCAACAUAGAAGCUCAGAAACGUGAAAAGAAGCUCAGAGAUGAUAUGAUGAAAAUGUUUGAGCAACUUAGGAAUAACAUGGGCUAGCAAUGAAUUCGAAAGAUGGAUGAUCGCAACUAUUGAAGGUGGUAUAUAUGAGCAGCGUUGAGAAGGGGUCGAUGUAAUUAAGUUUGUAAUUAGUGUUAUUUUAUUUAAUUUUUAAAGGAUCAUGUACCUUGUUGACAAAGUGGGAUUAUCUUAUAAUUUACACAUUUUCUUAAUAUGUUUUUAUAAAUUAAACUAUUUCAUAUAAUAAUUAUUCAAAAUGUUUGGUAUUUGAAUUCAUUUUCAGAUUUAUUUGU